AUGACACAACAGUUGAGGCCGUUGUAUGUUAAAGUAUGGGUUGAGGGUCAGCCAAUCAAUAGGGUUUUGGUUGACAAUGGUUCGGUGGUGAAUGUCAUUCCAGCAACUACUUUGAAGAAAUUGGGUAAAACCAUGGACGAUGUAGUUCCAACCGACGUGGCCAUCAGUGGUUUUAAUGGAGGAUCUAGUAACACCAAAGGUAUUCUACCUUUGGAAAUUACUAUUGGCGGUAAGACAUCCUUUACGGCUUUCUUUAUCAUUGAUUCAACCGCGGCCUAUAAUCUCCUUUUAGGCCGAGAUUGGAUUCAUCCUAACAUGAUGGGACAACCAGCAGCGGCAACAAUGAAGAAGAAUUUAAUUAAUGCUGAUAUUAAAGAAUUAUUGUCAGAAGCAGCUCGGCCGAAAAUUGAUAUUUUCAGGUCGACCAUCAAGGACAUUGAAGAUCUAUAUGAAGAGGUAUCGGCCAACACGGCCGAUAUAAUUGAAGAAGGUUUCGAAAAGCUGGAUGCAAUCCAACUUGAAGAUUUGGAGUCAGCCCCUUCCAGGAUGGAAGAUAAUAAAGCAGAGUUGCAAGAUCCUUUAUUGGAAAUAAAUGUUGAGAUGCCUGGCCUGUCUAGAAAAUUGGUAGAACAUAGAUUACCGAUCAAGAAAGAUUUUCAGCCAUAUAAACAACCACCAAGAAGGAUGUCUUCGGAAGUAAUGCUCAAAAUUCAAGAAGAAAUUGAGAGACUUCUUAAGGCAGUAUUUAUUCGAACAGUUAGGUAUGUUGAAUGGCUGUCUAAUGUUGUUCCGGUAAUGAAGAAGAAUGGCAAACUUAGAGUUUGUGUGGAUUUUCACAAUUUAAAAAAUGCCACUCCAAAAGAUGAAUAUCCAAUGCCUGUGGCCGAUCAACUUAUUGAUUCGGCCGCUAAGCAUGAAAUAUUGUCUUUUAUGGACGGCCAUUCAGGUUAUAAUCAAAUCUAUUUAGCCGAGGAAGAUGUUCAUAAAACGGCUUUUAGAUGUCCUGGGUCAAUUGGUACUUUUGAGUGGAUUGUGAUGCCAUUUGGCUUAAAAAAUGCUGGGGCUACUUAUCAAAGGGCAAUGAAUUCUAUCUUUCAUGAUAUGAUUGGCCGAUUCAUGGAAAUUUAUAUAGAUGAUGUAGUUGUGAAAUCAUCGGCCAAGAGACAGCAUUUGGAACACUUGAAAAGGGCCUUUGAAAGGAUGAGGAUUCACAAAUUGAAAAUGAACCCAUUGAAGUGUGCAUUUGGAGUUUCAGCCGGGAAUUUCUUGGGGUUCUUGGUACAUAAACGAGGUAUUGAAGUUGAUCAGAACAAGGUCAAAGCUAUUAUAAAUGCUAGGGCCCCAGCCAACAAAAAACAAGUGCAAAGGUUCCUCGGCCAGGUAGGUUUUCUUAGAAGAUUUAUUUCUAACCAUGCUGGCCGAGUGCAUGUCUUUUCGACUUUAGUAAAAUUAAAGACACAUGAGAAAUUUCAUUGGGACGAAUCCCAUCAGAAGGCCUUUGACAAAAUAAAAGAGUAUUUGGCAAACCCCCCGGUUGUAAUGCCUCCAAGAAAGAAGUGGCCGUUAAAGCUUUAUUUAUCGGCCGCAGAAGAAUCAAUUGGUAGUAUGCUCGCACAAGACAAUGAACAUGGAAAGGAACAGGCUGUCUACUACCUGAGUAGAGUACUAACUGAUGUAGAAUGCAGAUAUUCCUCAAUUGAGAAGCUUUGUUUAUCUUUGUACUAUUCGGCCAUGAAGUUGAGAGUAUACAUGCGGCCUGUUGAUGUUUACAUUCUUUGUCAGACUAACGUGAUCAAGUAUAUGCUAUCAAGGCCAUUGAUCACUGGCCGAAUAGGUAAGUGGGCUUUAGCUUUGAUGGAAUUCAAUUUUAUCUACGUCCUACAAAAAUCAGUAAAAGGAAGGGUUCUGGCUGAUUUUUUGGCCGAUCAUCCUUCAACUGAUAUUGAUCCAUGGGUUUAUGAUGAAUUGGAGUCAUCAGCUAUAUUCUUAACUCCUUGGAUCUUGAUGUUUGAUGGAUCAAGCACGGCUGAUGGAGCAGGAGCAGGUAUUGUUAUUAUUUCGCCAGCUGGCAGAAAGGCUUUAUUCUCUUUCUUUUUAGAUUUUAAAUGUUCAAAUAAUCAGGCCGAAUAUGAAGCGCUUAUAAUCGGCCUGGAGAUUUUAAUUGAAAUGGCUUUCUGGCCGAGAGGGCAGAAUAAGGGGGCCAACAGCAUGGCCCAAGCAGCCUCUGGAAUAAGAGUACCAGCCGGAAUAGAAGAUCAGUUGAUAAAGAUAGCACGAAGAUCUUUGCCAUCGGCCGAAUUGAGAAAUACUAUGUUGUUUGAUACUUGGACAAUUGAUGUAAAAGAUUUGGCCGACGAUGACUGGAGGAUACCAUUUAUAAUGUUUCUUCGAAAUCCAAAAAUCAAGGCUGAUAGAAGUAUUAAAAGAAAAGCGAUCAACUUUGUGCUUCUAGAUGGGGAUCUAAACAGAAAAGGGUUAGAAGAUGGGCUCCUACUACAAUGCAUAAGCAAGGAGGAAUCACUUCAGGUUAUGGCCGAGGUACAUGAGGGCAGCUGUGGGGCUCACCAAGCUGGGAUUAAAAUGAGAUGGCUGAUUCGCAGAGGUUGGGGCCUUGACCUUAUUGGUAAAAUUAAUCCACCAUCAAGCGAAGGCCAUCACUGGGUGAUUGUUGCCACAGAUUAUUUUACUAAAUGGGUUGAGGCCAAGGUUUGCAAAGCGGUUAAUCAGCAAACAGUGAUUAAUUUCAUGGAACAAAACAUCAUCCACAGAUUUGGGAUUCCAGAAACACUUGUUUCAGACAAUGCAACAUUGAUACCAAACCAGCCGCUAGUGGUAAAUCAGGAUCGACUAGUCAUUGAUCAACCCAAUCAGCCAACGACGGUCGAUAAGGUUCAGGUAACUGAUAUUAUUAAGCAAGAAUAUGGUAAUGGCCUUAGGGGAAUAGGCCGACCAAUAUACAAAAAGCCAAAAUCAGCCACAUCCGGUACUCGAACAUCUACCGUAUCGGCCAAAAAGGGAGCGAAUGAUGAAGUCAUUGGGGUUGACAAUGAUCUAUUCGUCGCAAGUAGUAAUGUGAUCGGCCAGGCUCCCAAAGGGAAGGUUGGUGAAGGGAAUCAGCAUAAGGUUGCCGAGAGGACACCAUCAGCCAUUCCAAAUGUCAAGGCUCUCAUACAACAUGGUUGCUGCCCUGAAUGGAAACAUAUUAACCGAGGAUCAAAUCGGCCACAUUACCAGAAUUCUUGGCCAAGAGUGGUAUCUAAUCCUCAGCCAGAACCAUCAUUGGCUGAGAGAAUUCUUUUAACUCGUCAUCCUCAACCGAAUUUCAAGAAAAGAAAGCAGGGAAGGAAACUAAAAAGGGUUAAGUGGAGAAGAAAUUCGUGGAAGAAAAUAAAUCGGCCAAUUAAUGCAAAAUUUUGA